AGAAAAUAAGGGAUAAUUUUUUGUGGUGUGGGGGUGGGGUGGGGUGGGGGUACGUGCACCAUCUAUUUAUCCAUUAUAUUGUUGGACCCCUUGUUUCCAGCUGCACUCCCUCAAUUAACUUGGAUCAACUCACAUGGCAUAUGCAAGGCGCCGCCAAGUGAAGAAAAUAGUAGAGAUUGGACCGUGGGGCGGUCGCGGUGGCCGGGCAUGGGACGACGGAAGCCACGACGGAAUAAGAGAGAUAAUCGUCGUCUACGGCGACUGUAUCGACUCCAUCACCGUAGUUUACGAUAAACAUGGCACACCUUUCACUGCUCCUAAGCAUGGGGGAGUUGGCGGUGUCAAAACAGCACAGUGCGGCUCAACUUUUAGUCUCUCAUAUCCAGAUGUGUCCUUCACAAUAGGAGCAAGGUGUAUACUGUUUCUUCCGUCAUUUGAAUAGUUGUGUCUCUAGCCGUAGGGGGUAAACUUGGUGGAGGACACGAUGCGUCAAUGAGACUUUUUAUAGCGUCCAACGUUUUUGUUCUAAAAUUUUGUAACUCCACAGAAACCAAACCUGAUAAAAUUGGAGGACCACGAACCAAAUUUUGGACUAAACAAGAGAUUUCAAUGCCCAACGCAUGCAAGUCAGAAUCAUAAUUGGUUUGACCCCCAAUAGGGCAAAAUGAUCGUAGAUUCUUGAGAAUUUCAUCUAUGUGAUCGAAAAGUGUGCAAACUCCUUCGUCAUGUUCAAUUUCUCCACAUAGAACAUUCUCUAGAAAAUCAAUUAGUUUGUCCAAUGCAGCGGUACAAAUAAUCAAAGCCUCUAACCGCUUGAAUCGUGCCUCCAUUCGGAAGGAAAAACCCUGCUCCAUUUGAAAAAAAUAUGAAUUUGGUCACAGCCGACCAAUUAACACAGUCCAAAAAAAACAAAUCGACUCUGGUCCAAUUUUUUUUCCCUGCGAUAGAAUUUUGUGCUGCAGUAGUAGCUGUGCUUUUGUCACUUUUUUGUUGUUGUUGGUAAAACACCACAAAUUGCAGCACCCAAAUUGAAUCUGAAUUAGCCCAAAAAAACUUCUUACGGACACUUGCAGCAAGAUUUGAUUUGUUUUACUUGGCGGCUGAUUUCACAAAUAAGCUUGGGAUGGGAAACCAAUUUAAGCCCCUGGAUGACAAAAAGCUUGGUGGCGGCGACGUUUGGGACGGAUCAAAUCAAGUGCAGCGGCGGCAGCAACGUUUGGGACAGAUGGAGGCUCCGCAGAGAUGCCGACGAUAAAUAUCGGUGCGAUUAAGAUUCCUGACGGUAAAUUGGCCACAGUGAUGAUAACCUCCGAUGGCAAAAAGAUCUGCACAAAGCUUUCUACUUUUCAGAUCGGCGAAAAUCUGGGCGGCUGGGACACGGCGGAAACUACUAGAUCGUCUUAGAUUUUUUUUUGAUUUUUUUUUGUGUUUCUCUCAAUGAAAGCACCAAUUGAUACGAAUAUAGUAUCGGAUAGGGAAGAACUUCGAGCGUUCUUCAAGCUCCAAGAAAUGGGAGGCAAAGAGAGAAGAAAAACUUUGAGCGCUUUUGGGCUCCAAGAAAAGAGAGACGAGAGCUUAGAAUUUUG